AGCGGAGUACGUGGCUGGAGUGCCGCGCUGGGAUCAGCCAUGGCGGCCGAGCGGAAGACCAAGUUGUCCAAGAACCUGCUGCGCAUGAAGUUCAUGCAAAGGGGACUGGAUUCGGAAACCAAGAAACAACUAGAAGAGGAAGAAAAGAAAAUCAUUGGUGAAGAGCACUGGUACUUGGACUUGCCAGCACUGACAGAGAAAGAGAGUUUCAUAAUAGAAGAGCAGAGUUUCUUGUUAUGUGAAGAUCUUCUCUAUGGAAGAAUGUCAUUCAGAGGAUUUAAUCCUGAGGUUGAGAAACUGAUGCUUCAGAUGAAUUCUAAGAAUAAAGCAGAAGUUGUUGAAGAUGAAACAGAGGAGGCUGAUGUGUCAGAUGAAGAAAUGGCUAGAAGAUAUGAAACCUUGGUGGGGACAAUUGGGAAAAAGUUUGCCAAGAAGAGAGACCGUGCCAAUUAUGAAGAAGAUGAAAAUGGAGAUGUAAAACCAAUUAAAACAAAGAAGAUGUUUUUGAAGCCCCAAGACUAAAGCGGAUGCCUCAAGAGAUGGCUCAGGGAUGGCUUGUGAAAGCCAGCAGCGUAUUUCAGAACUGACGGUAUCUCCAUACCUGUAAUACUAUGAUGUCCAUUUGUAAAGGGGUAUAUCAUUUUGGAAGCAUGCUGUUUCUGAAACAGAUGUGUGAUGGAUGUUAUACAUCCUUUGUUAAUAGUAUUCAUCAAGUAAACUUCUAGCCCUUGAUCUUCAAAUGUA